AUGCAGAAUCCUGAGCAAGAAAUAACCUCCGUUGCUUUAACUCUUACUACUGCGGAGACUCCCGACAUACAAAAGGCUGCCUUUCUGAAAUAUGUCGCCCGAGAUGUAGGAUUCAAGCAUCCUCUGUGUUAUGUUCCCCCCGGUCAAAAUUCGCGGGACUCUCUAUUAGGAAUCUAUCAGUGGUAUCGUGUUCUAAGCCCGAAGGUCAUAGGGAGAAUGCAUAACGUAGUUUACGACAAAGAGAAUCACACAUUGCUCUUGGAUAUGUCCCAAAAGUUUCAUAUCCGGUUUUGUCCCGGAACCGACUCUCCCUUUAGGUUGUUAGUUCGAAUAACUCUCAAAGAAAUCAAUGGUCUACACUAUAUCUCAUUUCAGGAAGACUUUUAUCAUCCCGAGGCAAGUACUCAUAUAUUUUCUGACUUUGCCUUACUGUUGGUUCCAAUGUUGGCUCCUGCUAUUCUGUUUGCACAGGCAGGGAUUAGUGUUGCUUCCAAUGUUUACGCCGGCAUUGCACAGAGACUAGGAUUUUGGCGACCUUCGCCGAGGAGAGAAAUAGUCACAACCACAAACACAGGUCUAUACGAUGCCGGGGAUAAAAUAGAUUGA